ACAAGGAACGAUGCCGCAGCUUGAUCGGCGACCAUCUCAAAUCGAGUCCAACUGGCGAUCGAGAUCGUACUGCUUGAACAUGACCGUAGCCGUCGCGGCGUACUGUGCUUUAAUCGUCACCAUAAGUGUCGUCGCCGACUGGAGCUUCCCGUACUGUGAGCACCCGAUCAAGUGCUUCGACCUCGCACGCGAGCUACAGGCCAGCAUGGACACCAGCGUGGACCCGUGCUCGGAUAUGUACGGCCACGUGUGCGGCCGCUGGUCCGACCAGUACCCGGGCAAGCGGCAUCAGUUCGCGCUCCUCAACGAGAGACUUCGCUUCGUUCUCUUCCAGGCGGCCGAACGGUCGCGGGACUCCACGAACGCAGCGGAUAAGGCAGGUCUGGCCCUGUCGUCUUGCAUGCGAGUCUGGAGCAGCGGAGACGUCGACAACGCCAUCUCCAUCGGCGACGUCCUCAAGCGGCGCGGUCUCACCUGGCCUGCGACGACAAACGUGGCGGUGCGAGACGUGUUUCGCCAGCUGGUCGCCUUCACGCUCAAGGACGCCAUCAGCGUCUUCUUCGCGCUCAAGGUGAUGAUACAUCUCAAGGCAAAAGACAGGUACACGUUCGAAAUAAAGUACCCGCAGCUCACGAUGGAACCCAUUCUCGAUCCAGAGGAGCUGCAGACGUGCAUCAGGACGUACAAUCGCAGCGUCGAUGUCCCGGGAAUCACGAUGCAGAUCUUAAACUUGGAGCUGGACUACGCUACGAGCACGGCCGCCAACUCAGACUACGACUACUCGCCCAAGUAUCACAAGUUCGCCGACAUUGACGCCAUGUACAACUCAUCUUUCGUCACUUCCGCUCAGUGGGUGGACGCCAUCAACGAACACCUGCCCAACGACGCCGCCGUUGACUCAGACAGCCUUUUCCUGCUGUACGACAAGUUCGCCCUGUCUGCGGUCGUCGACAUCCUGUCCGCCUAUUCGGACAGGACGAGGAACUUGCAGAACUUUAUCGGCUGGAAGAUAAUCAGGUACCUUUCCUACGGGGCCUCCAGUAAACUGUCGACUUGCGACUACCGCGGCGAGUUCGACACCUGGAGCUUCACGUUUCCCGUGGCCCUGAAGCGCUGCAUGGGCUAUGUGAGCGAGGUAGUCCCUUACGGCCUCUUGCAGCUGCAACUCGUGGGCGUCCUGGAAGACAGCGCGAUUCCUUACGCGCGAAACAUGACGGAUGACGUGCGUCGCGCGAUCGAGGUCUCCUACAACUUCUCGUGGCUGGACGAGCAGUCGGCGGCGGGAGCGGUUCGACGACUUCGCAAUAUCCGCGCCGUCGUAGGUGGACCGGGCAGGAGGGUCCUUACCCCGGCAGCCAUGGACGUUCAGUACGCACACGUUCCCGGCAUCUACGAGGACAGUUUCGUAAACUGGCUCGUGGACUCCUACCGGGCCGUCGCGGCGCACAAGAUACGGCUCGUCUACCCGCCGGGUAACCCCGACCAUCGCUCCCCGAGCCGUGACGACUGGGAUCUAAACGAAAUGACCACGAGCGCCUUCUACCUGCCGACCUAUCACCUCAUCUACGUGCCCGGGGAGCUUCUGAUGCCGCCGUUCCUGAGCGCUUCGGCGCCGGACUCCUUCAACUACGGCGCACUCGGCAAGGUGAUUGGUCACGAGCUCACCCACGCGUUCGACCCCAAGUACAUCGACGUCAACUACGCCCGAGAACCCGACGUCUUCUACACGCCCCAGUUCAAGGAGAAGUUUACUCAGAAGAUCGACUGCCUGAUUCUCCAGACGAACGCGAUGUUACAGGACUCGUCCGUCGGCGAGCGAACCAUCACCGAGUCCUUUGCCGACAACGCGGGUACGGAGCUUGCCUACCUGACCUAUUGGGCGCUUGCCGAGACGAGGCGUAAGGAAGGGGUGGCUGGACUCACGGCGGACCAGAGCUUCUUCGUUGCGACGUGUUUCUUUCUGUGCGGCGCGGAUGGCGAGAAGCAGCUCCAGAACUCGGUCUACCUGUCGCUCAAGGUUCGCUGUAACCAGCCCUUGAUGAACACGGAACAGUUCGCAGAGGCCUUUCCCUGCGCGGUGGGAACACCGAUGCGCCCGCAGAACCGCUGUGAUAUUCACACGCCGACGAUGACGCUGCGAAGACGCUGA